GCCCAAAGCUUUUUAAACAUGACUCUGGAAAUUUACUUGGACCUGUUUUCCCAGCCCUGUCGCUCCGUGUACAUCUUUGCUAAGAAAAACAACAUCCAGUUCGACUACAAGAAGAUUUCUCUGUUUGAAGGUUAUCAAUAUGGUGAAGAAUUUGGAAAAAUCAACCCACUAAGAAAAUUCCCAACAAUCAAAGAUGGAGACUUUUGCUUAGCUGAAAGUGUCGCGAUUAUGAUCUACCUGGCUGACAAAUUCCACACUCCAGACCAUUGGUUUCCAGCGGACUUGCAGAAGCGAGCUAGAGUAAAUGAAUAUCUGUCGUGGCAGCACACUUCCAUUCGGAUGCAUGGAGCUAAGAUUAUCUGGUUUAAGAUCUUGAUUCCAGAAGUGCUGGGAGCUGAGGUCCCUAAAGAAAAGAUGGAGAAUGCAGAAGAGAAUCUGAAUGUGGCACUGCAGCUCUUUCAGGAUAAGUUUCUGCAAGACAAACCGUUCAUUGUUGGUGAUCAGAUCUCAUUGGCUGAUUUGGUUGCUAUUGUGGAAAUCAUGCAGCCGUUUGCUGCUGGUAUGGAUGUGUUUGAGAACAGACCCAAGCUCAAGGCGUGGAAAGACCGAGUCAGAGAAGCGAUCGGGGCUGAGCUGUUUGAUGAGGCUCAUCAGGCAACCAUGUCCUUGCGGGACAAUGCCAAAUUCAUUGAUCCCAAAGGGUUGAGUCCAUUGAAAGACAAGAUUUUGAAGUAUUUCCUCUCAUAAACAGCAUCAGUUAAAUGAAUAAGUUAUUUUUAAUGCUUGGUCAAAAAUUCUGUGGGAUUUUCUUUUUCUGUAAACAAAUAAUACAAUGAAUUCUAUAUACAGGCAUGGUCAUGCUUUGGCAGAUGAAUGCAAGAAUCAUUCAUGUUUCUGUGUGGAGCAAUAAAAAGAAACAAACUGUGAAAGGCCAUGUUUCCAGCUGUGUUCACGCUCAAAUUCUUAAUCGCUGCACUCACUGUGACCUUUAAAAAACAUGCAGUAACACAGAGAUACUCAAAACAGCAUUGUUCCAGAAAAUCACUCAACACCCAUGGGAAGGAGUUGGGAGGAAUGUUUCCUCCUCCUGUGUUUAUGGAAUGUAAUCAGAUAUCAUAUGGUUUCCUGCAGAAAUUUUCGCACGAAUGGCACCUUUUUGUUCAUUUCAUGUAGAGGCAUGAUACUUUUAUUCAGCUAUUUCCCCAAUAAUAAUCUCCAAUAAUGUUAAUAAAUUAGUCUUUGGUCAUCA